AUGCAGUUAGAAGCAGAGCCACCGCGUCGACUCGCCACCGACUGUACUCGCCGUCAUUGUGCACUGAGAUAACAAGCAAUUGACGAGCUAGAGUGGGGGAGAAAGAAGAUCCCUACGAUUUUCGUCACCAUUUCCUAGAUCUGAUUCAUUGAGUUAAAAGAGUCAUCCUGACUCGGGAAUGGCUUCUUCGGAAGCCGAUUCCCGCUUGAGCCAAGUUCUAGGCCCUGCCUUAGAGAAGAUCAUCAAGAACGCCUCCUGGCGCAAGCACUCCAAACUCACUCAUCAAUGUAAAUCUCUUCUGGAGAGAAUCGUUACUCCUCAGAAAACGCCACAGUCUUCGUCAGAAUCGGAGCCUGAGAACUCGAUCCCUGGCCCACUCCACGACGGCGGUCCUGUAGAAUAUUCUUUCGCUGAAUCAGAGUCCAUACUCAGCACUCUAAUCAAUGCCUGUGGUACUGGAGUCAUUAAGAUCGUUGAUCCAGCUGUUGAUUGCAUACAGAAGUUGAUCGCAUACGGCUACCUGCGAGGCGAAGCGGACUCCACCGGAGGCCCUGAGGCUCAGCUGUUAUCGAAGGUGAUUGAAGGUGUUUGUAAGUGUUACGAUUUAGGCGACGAUGCAGUUGAAUUGCUGGUGUUAAAGACGCUACUAUCAGCAGUUACCUCGAUAUCUUUGCGGAUUCACGGAGAUUGUUUGUUGCAGAUUGUGAGGACCUCUUAUGAUGUUUAUUUAGGGAGUAAAAAUGUGGUUAAUCAGACAACGGCCAAGGCGUCGUUGAUUCAGAUGUUGGUAAUCGUGUUUAGGAGGAUGGAGGCCGAUUCGUCUACUGUUCCAAUUCAACCAAUUGUAGUGGCUGAGCUUAUGGAUCCGGUUGAGAAAUCCGAUGAAGAUGGAUCAAUGACGCAGUUUGUGCAAGGAUUCAUAACUAAAAUUAUGCAGGACAUUGAUGGAGUGUUAAAUCCAGUGACUCCAGGCAAGGUUUCAUCAGGUGCUCAUGAUGGUGCCUUCGAGACUACAACAGUUGAAACCACAAAUCCUGCAGAUUUAUUGGACUCCACAGAUAAGGACAUGUUGGAUGCUAAGUAUUGGGAGAUAAGCAUGUAUAAGACUGCAUUGGAGGGAAGGAAAGGGGAGUUGGCUGAUGGGGAAGUGGAGAGAGAGGAUGAUUUGGAAGUUCAGAUUGGGAAUAAGUUGAGGAGAGAUGCAUUUUUAGUGUUUAGAGCCCUUUGUAAGCUGUCCAUGAAGACUCCUCCUAAGGAAGCUUUGGGAGAUCCCCAAUUGAUGAGAGGGAAGAUUGUGGCUCUUGAGUUGUUGAAGAUUUUGUUGGAGAAUGCUGGUGCUGUUUUCAGAACCAGUGAAAGGUUUUUAGGUGCCAUUAAGCAGUACUUGUGUCUGUCAUUGCUGAAGAAUAGUGCAUCAACUCUUAUGAUUGUUUUCCAGCUUUCUUGCUCCAUUUUCAUCAGUCUGGUGUCACGAUUUCGACCUGGACUUAAGGCAGAGAUUGGAGUUUUUUUCCCUAUGAUUGUUCUCAGAGUCUUAGAGAAUGUUGCUCAGCCUAACUUCCAGCAGAAAAUGAUUGUUCUUCGCUUUCUGGAGAAGCUCUGUGUUGAUUCACAGAUCUUGGUAGAUAUCUUUAUUAAUUAUGAUUGUGAUGUCAAUUCGUCGAACAUUUUUGAGAGAAUGGUCAGUGGACUUCUUAAAACAGCUCAAGGUGUCCCUCCUGGUACAGCCACUACUCUAUUGCCACCUCAGGAAGUGACCAUGAAACUUGAAGCUAUGAAGUGUUUGGUGGCUAUUUUAAGAUCAAUGGGAAACUGGAUGAACAAACAGUUUCGCAUACCAGAUCCUCAUUCUACCAAGAGGUUUGAAGCAGUUGAGAACAUUUCUGAACCUGUAAGUCCCCCCAUGGCAAAUGGGAGUGGGGACGAGGCUGUUGAAGGAUCAGAAACUCCUUCUGAAGCAUCUAGUGAAGCAACUGACGUAUUGACAAUUGAGCAGCGCAGAGCUUACAAGCUGGAACUUCAGGAAGGUAUAUCUCUUUUUAAUCGCAAACCUAAGAAAGGAAUUGAAUUCCUAAUAAAAGCAAAUAAGGUGGGCGACUCACCAGAGGAGAUUGCAGCCUUUCUUAAAAAUGCCUCUGGGCUAAACAAAACAUUGAUUGGUGAUUAUCUUGGAGAAAGGGAAGAAUUGUCUCUUAAAGUGAUGCACGCCUAUGUUGAUUCCUUUGACUUCCAAGGUAUGGAGUUUGAUGAGGCAAUCAGGGCCUUUCUCCAAGGUUUUAGGUUGCCUGGUGAAGCACAGAAGAUUGAUCGAAUCAUGGAAAAGUUUUCUGAGCGUUACUGCAAAUGUAACCUGAAGGCUUUUACUAGUGCCGAUACAGCCUAUGUGCUUGCUUACUCUGUGAUAUUGCUCAAUACGGAUGCCCAUAAUCCUAUGGUUAAGAACAAGAUGUCAGCUGAUGACUUCAUAAGAAACAAUCGUGGGAUUGAUGAUGGAAAAGAUUUACCAGAGGAGUACCUAAGAUCAUUGUUUGACCGGAUAUCAAGAAAUGAGAUCAAAAUGAAAGAAAAUGAUUUAAACAUGCAACAGAGGCAGUCUGUGAACUCAAACAGAAUUCUAGGAUUGGAUAGCAUCUUGAAUAUUGUGAUACGUAAGCGGGGUGAAGACCAGUUUAUGGAGACCAGUGAUGAUCUCAUCAGGCACAUGCAAGAACAAUUUAAAGAGAAAGCUCGCAAAUCUGAGUCAGUUUAUUAUCCAGCCACAGAUGUGGUGAUUCUUAGAUUCAUGAUUGAGGUUUGCUGGGCACCCAUGUUGGCUGCCUUUAGUGUGCCGAUCGAACAAAGUGAUGAUGAAGUUGUGAUUGCAUUAUGUCUUGAAGGUUUCCGUUAUGCAAUCCAUGUUACUUCUGUAAUGUCCAUGAAGACUCAUAGAGAUGCUUUUUUGACAUCCUUAGCAAAAUUUACUUCACUUCACUCUCCUGCUGACAUCAAACAGAGAAACAUAGAUGCAAUCAAGGCAAUAGUCACGAUAGCAGACGAAGAUGGUAAUUAUUUGCAAGAUGCUUGGGAGCAUAUUUUGACAUGUGUCUCCCGAUUUGAACAUUUGCAUCUCUUGGGAGAAGGUGCUCCUCCAGAUGCCACUUUCUUUGCAUUCCCUCAAAAUGAGUCUGACAAAUCAAAACAGGCCAAGUCAAAUGUCCUCCCAGUUUUGAAGAAGAAGGGACCGGGGAGGAUUCAGUAUGCAGCUGCUACUGUGUUGAGGGGUUCAUAUGACAGUGCUGGUAUUGGUGGCAAUUCUGGUUCAGUCACUUCUGAACAGAUGAACAAUUUAGUCUCAAAUCUAAACAUGUUAGAACAAGUUGGAAGCUCUGAGAUGAAUCGCAUAUUCACACGGAGUCAAAAGUUAAACAGUGAAGCUAUAAUAGACUUUGUUAAGGCCCUCUGCAAGGUUUCUAUGGAGGAAUUGCGGUCUACGUCUGAUCCACGGGUAUUUAGUCUUACAAAGAUUAUUGAGAUCGCGCAUUAUAACAUGAACCGUAUAAGGCUUGUGUGGUCAAGCAUCUGGCAUGUGCUCUCUGAUUUCUUUGUGACCAUUGGCUGUUCUGAAAACCUUUCGAUCGCAAUCUUUGCAAUGGACUCUUUACGCCAGCUAUCCAUGAAAGUCUUAGAGCGAGAAGAGCUGGCAAAUUAUAAUUUUCAGAAUGAGUUUAUGAAGCCUUUUGUAAUUGUUAUGCGCAAAAGCAGUGCUGUGGAAAUCAGAGAAUUGAUAAUCAGAUGUGUCUCUCAGAUGGUGUUAUCCCGUGUCAAUAAUGUCAAAUCAGGGUGGAAGAGCAUGUUCAUGGUAUUAAAUCUUGACAAGUAUCCUGUAGAUAUCAGUUUAAUUUCAAAAUUGUUACUCUAAUUUUAUUUUUUUAUUGCUGAAUGAUUAUCUUUUCUUUUUCUUAAGGUUUUCACUACAGCAGCAUAUGAUGACCACAAAAACAUUGUACUUCUAGCCUUUGAAAUUAUUGAAAAGAUC